AUCGAUGAGGGAUCGAUACCCGUUGAUCUGGAAUAUACUUGCAAUAAAUUUGGCAUUAAAAUCGCAUCCACGACGGGGAGAUCAAUCUAACAAAUACAGGAGAAAAAAGUCGAAGAUUUUAUUAAAAUCGUUUCAUUCCAGCGUCUAAGAAUAUUGUACUGUUCUACUUACUGGUUGCAUUUCACGUUGCUCUGUGAUGUGAAUACUAUUUUAAUUAUUGUUACUUUUUUACCACCGCAAAGGAAAAUUUAUUGAACCAAAAUAGUUUGAUAUGAACUCCGGAUCGAUGAAGAUGGAGGGAUUAUUUUUUAAUUGUAUUCGACAUUGUGUUAACAGUGGUAUCCAUACUUCAGUUCUGCCAAUUAUUGUGGUGAUCUCGCUCUUAGUUUGCAAGAUCGAAUCUGCAUCAAUCUCUGAACAGGCUGUCAAACAUUAUUUAGAAGAGUUUGGUUACCUGACGAGUACAUCAAUCGAAACUGCGACCUCUGAAGUGAAAUUUACAAAUGCUCUCCAUAAAUUCCAAAAGUUUUCUGGAUUACCCGAUACAGGCGAGGAGGACACGGUGACGAUGACCAAAAUAUUAGAGCCUCGAUGUGGUAAUAGUGAUAUAGACGACCAAGAUAUGACGUCAUCAAUGGGAAGGAUACGACGAAAGCGAUUUGUCAUCAUACGUCCAUGGGCUAAGAAUGAUUUAACAUAUAAAAUCUCAAUCUAUACCACGAAACUACCUGCGGGUAUAGUCAACUCUGAAGUGGCUAGGGCGUUCAAGUUAUGGUCUGACGUUGCCCUACUCACGUUCACUCAGAUCUAUAGUGGCGAUGCUGAUAUCGAUAUAUCGUUUCAUACUGGUAGCCAUAAUGAUGAUCGUCCGUUUGAUGGUCCUGGGAGGGUACUAGGGCACGCAUUCCCGCCAAGUGUUACAACAUCCAGGCCAGAUCUCAUUGGUCAUAUUCAUCUUGACGAAGAAGAAAACUGGACAGCCAAUUCACGAUCAGGAAAGAAUCUUUGGUUGACAGUGGCCCAUGAGAUAGGUCAUGCUAUUGGACUGGGUCAUUCUCAGGUGUUGUCAGCCCUCAUGUAUCCUUGGUACCGGACCUUUGAUCAAGACUUUACCCUCGAUCAAGACGACAUCAGAGGGAUUCAAUUUCUCUAUGGUGCACGACCGGGAACUGAGCUGGUUUCUCCGACAAACUCUCCUCAAGGACCAAACAACCCUAAUAUACCAGACCUCUGCAGCUUGUAUACUGAUACCAUAACAUUCACAGCCAGGGGAAACAUGUAUGCCUUUAAAGAUGGCUUUUAUUGGAUGUUGGAGAAGGGUCAGCUGGUCCCUGGAUUUCCAAAACUGAUCUCGGGACACUGGCCGGGACUUCAAAGCAACCUCUCCGCUUCCCUCUCAAUGAAAAAUCCUAGGGUAUGGGGGGCUGAUGUGGGCAAGACUUACUUCUUUAAGACUAUAUCAGGAAGUGUUGCCGUGUGGAAGUACAGUGCUGAAAACACUUUAGAACCUGGUUAUCCCAAAGCGUUUGAGAAUGUAUUCUCUGAUUUCGGGUCGAGUCGACCGAUUAUCUCGGUACAGGGUGUGGCAGAAAUAAGCGGGAAUGGCGAAACCAUUUUCAUCAUGGACAACCAAAUCUACCUAUACGGUUGGGAGAAGGUGUUCCGAGGACCAUACACCAUCACUGACAUCUUCCCUAACCUAUACGGCAAGGUUGCUUCUGUGAUCCAAGGAGCUGAUAAUUAUCUGUAUUUCUUCAUGGAGAAUGGUUUAUAUUAUCAGGUGUCACCUUGGACAUUCAACCUCAGUACAUACUUCCCUAGACUUGUUGUCCAAGACUGGUUCAGUUGUAAUGAGUGAGAAUCUUCUAGAAAUUACCGUUGCGCAUACGGGAGUCUUUUUAUUAUGAAGGAAACAUCUGAAACAUUUGUCCGUACUCGGGCCAUUUCUUAUUUUUAUUUUAAUAAUAAUAAUAAUAAUAAUAGAUGCUUAUAUAGCGCAUAAUAUUCUACAGAAUCUCUAUGCGCUUUACAAAGGAGGUAUAAGUCUAAUACAGGUAUACUUAGAAUAAAAUACAUAAAUACUAAAUGAAAGAUUAACAAAACAUUGCAACAUACCUAUCCUAAACCAAAUAAUCUAACAUGAGAACAAGUAUGUUUUUAAAGAUUUAAGAAAGGUGGAAGUACAUGUGAUGGCCCUCAGAUUAUUAGGCAGUUUAUUCCAUAGUACAGGUGCUGCUAACUGAAAGGCACGAUCACCAAACGAACAUGUUUUAGAUGUUGGUACAGUUAAUAAAUUCUGGCUAGAAGAACGGAGAUUCCUUUGAAGGACAUAUUCAGUAAUCAGAUUAUAUAGGUACAAUGGGGACUUACUAACUAAUGUUUUAUGACAUAUCGCUAUUAUCUUGAAAACAAUCCUCUUCUGUACAGGCAACCAAUGCAAGUGCGACAACAA